AUGAACUCAACGACUUGUGUCAUUGAGGCUAACUCCGAUGUCUCUGGAGUUGGAAUUCGUAUAUCCAUCUACGCCCUCUGUUUAGGCGGCUCUAUAGUCAGCUAUCUACUUCGGGUGUUUACUCCAGGAGAAGACCAAGAAGAAUUCUCGCGGGGUGUUUCCUCCGCCCUCGGCAUGCAAGGUCUAGCCCUCCUCUGCACGGCAAUCUAUCAGACCGUCCGGGGCGACCUAACACUCUUCCACGCGAUAUGCGUUGUGCACCUCCUCUCCAUAUUAGGCACGGACCUAGUGAGCAAAGGUCGAUAUGCAGGACUCGGCCCAUGGCGGCUGUAUUUCUUCGCCAUAAUCCAGGUCCUGGCUUUGGCGGCUUUCCUCGCCUUCAACGUCUAUCUCUGGGUGACAGCGCCAAAUUUUGGCAGUCAACCCCAGUGUAACAAGGAUACAAUAUACGUGGUCUUUGGCGUCAGCAUCAAAGCCACCUCUCCCGUGUUCCGAUAUAUCAUUCUCGGGACAAUGGGGUUGAUUGUUGCUACUUUUGCUCUCACUUUCACGUGUAUGCUGCCGUGUCUAUGUGGUUUUUUUGCAUAUCGGAGACGGAAUCCCGGCAUUGGGAACAGGAUUGAGGGUCAGUCCAGAGGCUGGAUCAAUUGGUUCGUGGAGGUGAAUCCGCCUGUUUACCAGAAUCGUCAUGAGCCACCCGAGAUGCUCCAUGGCCCGGCGCUGCUCCGAUACACGCUGAACAAGGUGGCGUAUUGCGCGUUUUGUAUAUAUCUGAUCGUUUCGUUAGAACAGACCAUUAGUCGCAACAAUCUCGAUCCAGAAGAAAAAGGGUGGACGUUUGGCCAGGUCAUUGCAAUUUUCUUGUUGUUGGGUGUCGCCAAUGAACUACUUAAUGUUCUUCUUGCGAGUUGGGAUAGGAAGAAGAGCGAGAUCACUCAGCAGUUGGUACAGUUUAACCCGGGAGCUGGGAAUUCGGUGCAUUCUUCUUCUUGA